AUGGGUUCAUCGGCGAAUCAGGAUAAUGUCGCUUCGUUAGCAACAGACUUUUAUAGUUUAUUAGAAUCUUUCAAGGAAACACCAUUUUAUCAUUUAUUAUUCGAAAUCUUUCUUGUUCUAACUGUACUCUGGCUUAUUCUAUUUCGUAAACCUCGUCGGAUCGAAAAGAAAUUAACUGAAAAAGAAAAACAAGAGUUAAUCGACGAGUGGCAGCCGGAACCGUUAGUACCGCCCGUUGAUGCCAAUCAUCCCGCGUUAAAUGUUCGAGUUUUAGACGGAAUUGUUGGUAAGACAAUCGAAAUCGAUGGAAAGAAAAGUCUCAAUUUCGCUACAUUCAAUUUUCUCAACUUUGUCGGUAAUCCUCGCAUUGCAGACAAAGCUAUACAAGCUGUACAAAAGUAUGGUGUUGGCUCAUGUGGUCCACGCGGGUUUUAUGGUACAAUCGAUAUACAUCUCGAAUUAGAAGAACGUUUAGCUCAUUUUUUCAAUUGUGAAGAAGGUAUUAUCUAUUCGUAUGGCUUUUCAACCGUCGCCAGUAUAAUUCCAGCUUACUCCAAACGAAACGAUAUACUGUUCGUCGAUGAAGGUGUUCACUAUGCAAUUCAAAAAGGUGUCGAAGCAUCUCGAAGUACAGUCAAAUGGUUCCGUCACAAUGAUAUUUCCGAUCUCGAACGCUUGUUAGCUGAACAAGACAUUCAUGACAAGAAGAACCCGAAAAAGGCACGAACGUUACGACGUUUUCUUAUCAUCGAGGGUUUAUACAUGAACUAUGGUGAUCUGUGUCCACUGCCGCGUAUGGUUGAACUGAAAUAUCAGUACAAAUAUCGAAUCUUCAUGGAUGAAAGUGUUUCAUUUGGAACAAUCGGACAAACCGGACGCGGUGUAACGGAAUAUUAUAACAUUGAUCGACGAAAAAUUGAUUUAAUUUCUUCGUCAUUGGAAUAUUCUGUGGGUUCAAUCGGUGGGUUUGCUGUGGGAAGUUCGUUUGUUGUUGAUCAUCAACGUCUCUCUGCGCAAGGCUAUUGUUUUUCAGCUUCAUUACCACCAUUGCUUGCGGCAGCUGCAAUUGAAGCAUUGAAUAUCAUGGAAGAGAAAGAUACGACCUUAUGUGAUACAUUAAUGGAGAAAAGUAAACGUUUACAUCGGAAAUUAUUAGAUAUUAAAGGUUAUCUCAUUGUCGGAGAAGAUAUUUCACCACUGAAACACUUGCGUUUGACGAACUCGCAGAACACUGUCGCUCGUUUGGAAGAAAUAGUUGAGUUCGCCCAAACACGCGGAAUAACAAUAACAGUUGCAAGAUAUCUCAAUGAUGAACAUCAUUUACCCGAACCAUCCAUUCGUCUGAUAUUGAACGUGGAAAUGACGGAUGAAGAAUUGGAAUUUCUUUGUACAGUUCUUCAAGAAGCACGUGUCAAAGUGACUGUUUAG